UUGGUAUCGUAUAUUCGUUUACAUAUCGGCCUUGACAUUUUACGAGUUCGGUGUUUACAUCUUGAACUGAGGUGCCUGCGGUGAAUCAUUGGAUGUGAAUUUGUGGUCAGGAGCUGUGGUGGAACACUAACUAAAAGCUAGGGGCAGAGACGGCGUUAUCUGAAUCGUGUAAAAUAUUUUGUCGAAGUUGUAUGGCUGCUGGUUUGGACGUGGAACCACCAAGAUGGCUUGCCUGAACUGGUGCUGCUGCUGUGUUCCUCUCCGGAGCGGAGCGCUCACGAUCGCCAUCCUCUACCUCGUCGUCAACGUCGGCGUGCUAUUUGGAUGGGCUUGCUGGUUUUUUGCUGAAGUGGGCAUGUACAAUGCCACUCCUGUUGAAGACGACGAUUACAGACAUUAUCGUUUCCGGACCAUCAGGUUCUUGGGCUUUAUACUGGGCGUAUUGUGUUUGGCGUGCGGUAUCAACAUCACAAUGGACAGUCUCCUGGUGCACGGCAUCCGCAGGAACCAGCGCAGGUUCAUGCUGCCCUGGGUGGUGUGGUACGGCAUCUUCACGUCGCUGGUCACGCUCUCCCUGCUGGGCACCGAACUCUAUCUGCUCGUCGAAUAUGUGGAUGCGGCGAAAAAUCCAUACGACGGCAUUGGCAUCCUGAUCGCCUUCCUGGUCAUGAUUGGCAGCGUGGCGGCCAUCACCCUGCCGGUGAUGUGGUACUGGUAUGCGUGCGUGCUGUCCUACUACGUCGUGCUGGCGCCCAGCGACGUGUACGUUAUGGAGGCGCUGCGGGAGACGACUGGCCCGGAGGGAGCGCGUCUGGCCCGUCGACCCUUGGAGGACACCAAAUAGUCGGUGGGCACUGCUUGGUGCCGUACAUUUAUAUGGGCCAAAGCCGGGGGGGGGGGGGAGAGUAGGGUGCAGCACGGAACGGGUGGGCAAAAAGGGCAAGCGACUGUGAAUGGCGGUGUGUGCAAUGAAUAAAAUUGUACUUUCAAAGCUUGGCUUGGAAAAUGUUUGACGCUUUGCUAUACUUUUACCGAUAGGGGGUUUGACCAUAUCCAGCGGACCAAGUGCUAACCGGAACUCUCACGCUGUUCCAAGGGGCCAGGCAGCGGCAAUGCCACGUGUACUGCCCGGCAAUUGAACCAAAAUGUCUAAACCUAGAGGCAAGAAACUUACCCAUGGCCCAGGAUGCUCUCCUACUGUUACCGAAUAUGCACGAGUAUUUUUUUGUGUUUUUGCUCUCCAGUCGAGGGUCUAACCAGUUCAUUCAUGCCAUCCUCCAGAUGCCUUUCGUUUGUAAUGCGAUGCGAGGAUCUCGUUGAUGAUAAUAAGAUUAAGAAAUUCGCAUGCCGUGAUCUGAUAGCGUUAGGUGGGGAGACCGUGCAUGUGUUGCACAAUGUAUAACGUCUAAAUCGCUCAUUACAUCGGUGUUCAGCGAUCGGACAAAGACAGUUGCGUAUUGCUCAUCGUGUGUGACUGGACGUACAAUUUGCUGGCUGUUCUAGCCAAGCGGUCUGGGAGGAGGUAGGAGAAGCAAUGUUGAGAUUUCUUAGAGUUUGUAUUCCCUGUGACGCUGCCAGCUGCCGAUUGUGUCCUAAAAAUAUUUUUAUAUCCGUAUUUAAGCGUUACACAAUGAAAGGUUCACAUGGAUACUCAACAGACCGACUGUUAACAAAUGUGUAUUGUUUAUGUGCGAUUGAAGUCGCGAACAUGCGGUAUGGUGCCUUCGCGUGCGUCAUGGAUAGGGCAUGAAGGGUAGUGCUUCGCUUUGCUAUAGCCCAUAUUCAUUGAUAGCAAUAAAAUACAUUGAGCAGGAAAAAAAA